AUGGCGUCUUCCGUGCCGAGCCGGCCAGUUACCGCAGCUGGAAAAAGUGAAUUUUGCAACGAGAAGUCGAAGCCGGAGGACAGAGAUGAAUCAGAACUCCUCACUGUUCCUGAUGAUUGGAAGGAACCAGCUUUUUCUAAAGAGGGCAAUCCGAGAGGACUCUUGGAAGAGAGCAGUUUUGCAACUUUGUUCCCCAAAUAUAGACAGGCUUAUUUGAAAGAGUGUUGGCCUUUGGUGCAGAAGGCCUUGAAUGAAAAUCAUGUUAAAGCAACCCUGGACCUGACUGAGGGCAGCAUGACUGUUUGUAUUACUAAGAAGACUUUUGACCCAUAUAUCAUCAUUAGGGCCAGAGACUUAAUAAAACUGUUGGCAAGGAGUGUUUCAUUUGAACAGGCAGUACGGAUUCUUCAGGAUGAUGUCGCAUGCGAUAUCAUUAAAAUAGGUUCCUUAGUAAGAAAUAAGGAACGAUUUGUAAAAAGAAGACAAUGGCUUAUUGGUCCAAAAGGCUCUACUUUGAAAGCAUUGGAACUCCUAACAAACUGUUACAUUAUGGUUCAGGGAAAUACAGUUUCAGCCAUUGGACCUUUCAGUGGCUUAAAAGAGGUUUGAAAAGUAGUUCUAGAUACUAUGAAGAAUAUUCAUCCCAUUUAUAACAUUAAAACCUUAAUGAUUAAACGAGAGUUGGCAAAAGAUUCUGAAUUACGAUCACAAAGUUGGGAAAGAUUCUUGCCACACUUCAAACACAAAAAUGUGAAUAAACGCAAGGAACCGAAGAAGAAAACUGUUAAGAAAGCAUACACACCAUUUCCACCACCGCAACCAGAGGGUCAGAUUGAUAGAGAAUUGGCUAGCGGUGAAUACUUUUUGAAGGCGAAUCAAAAGAAGCGACAGAAAAUGGAAGCAAUAAAGGCUAAACAAGCAGAAGCUCUCAGUAAAAGACAAGAGGAAAGAAACAAAGCAUUUAUUCCACCUAAAGAAAAAACAGUUGUGAAACCUAAGGAAGCAUCUACUGAAACUAAAAUUGACGUGGCUGCCAUCAAAGAAAAGGUUAAGAAAGCAAAGAACAAGAAACUGGGAGCCCUUAGAGCUGAAGAAGUUAAGCUUAAGAUGGAAGCAGAUGAAAAGAAAAAGAAAAAGUAACAUUAAAAAAAUAACCAAAACCCCCUGAACCAGAACUUAUAUAGCUAUCUCCUUUUGUAAAGGAUUUUGAAAGACGACAGGGCAUUAGUUGCCUUAUGUGUGAGAAAUAAUAUUUCUGAGUUGCUUUUGUUUAUAUAAUAAUAUUCUUUAUAAAUAUAUUCUAUUCUUGUGUUUUUUGAAAUUUUUUG